CUGAAUGAUGCGCACCAGAGGCGAGUUAGCAGUGGAUGUAAGCUACGCCGAUUAAAGAAUUAAGUGGACCACACAACUGCCUUUUAGAAUAAGUUCGUGGCGUGUGAAAAUGGACCUGUCCCGUUUUUUGCGCUGGGCGGAACUUUAGAGCGGACGGCCACAAACAGAGUCGGGACUUCACCUCUCAAACUCCAGUGCGAGACAAAAACGAUCUUGCCAAGUCAGACCCAAACAAGCCUUCAGAUAUGUCGUCUGUACUCUCACAAAAGUUUUAGCAAAAGUGAAUCAUGGAAAACCCUGGCAGGCCUUACCGUAACAGGCAGAGCACUUGGGAGAGGGGAGCAGCAGCAGCAGCAGCAGCAGCAGCAGCAGACAAGGAAGAACACUGGAGGUUCCAGGACCAGGGUCGAGGGCAGAACUUCAGGCCAGAGGGAGGUCAGCAGGGCAAGAAGAACCAGGCUGGGCCCUACCGUGCCAGUCCUAAGAAGGGAGGACUGGGACCUCUGAGCUACGCCCCUGCUGGGUUCAGAGGUGGUCAGAGCCCCUCGCAGAAGGAUGACAUCCGUUGGUUCUCGGGUCCCGAGAACAGCGGUGGCGUUAGAGAAGAUAAAUGGAGAGAGCGCUCGCAGCAGCAGCACUGGAGGAGGAGUGUCCAGGCAGAGGGUCCGAGGGAGGACGCAGAUGACGGUGCUAAUAAAUCAGGGAAAAGACGGAGGAACAGAAACAGGAAGAAACCUUUUGCUGAGGAGAACCAGGCCUCUGUGAUUGAAGAAUCCACACUAUCGGCCAAAGAGCUGCAGAGCCUGCAGCAAGCAGAGCAGCGACUUGGCAAAGAUGAGAUCUACUGCCUGAAGAAGAAGCCCCACAGUAACCCCGGUGCACUUUACACCUGCGCUCUGUGCGACGUCCUCUUGGAUUCUGUGUCUGACGCUUACAGGCACAUCAGAGACAAACGGCACAAGAAAAGAGCUCGGGAGAUGCAAGAACAGGUGAUGCUGACUGAGAUUCUGCCUCCGGGCCCGGAGCAGAUCAGUGCAGUGAGUGCUGCAUUAGAGGCUGUCAUCCUGGAACAUGGGAUGAAUGACCAGGAUGUCGAGAGGAGGCAGUAUGUAGUCUCCAUCAUGCAAGACCUCCUCCUGUCCGUCCUGCCUGAGAUAAGGCUGAGGCUAUAUGGAUCAUCUUGCACUAAGUUUGGAUUUAAGGAUUCUGAUGUCAACAUUGACAUUCAGUAUCCACCUCACAUGCACCAGCCAGACGUGUUGUUGUUGGUCAAGGAGAGCCUCUCUGUGAGCCCUGCCUUUGUGGACAUGGAAGCUGAUUUUCAUGCCAGGGUGCCUGUUGUUAUCUGCAAAGAGAAAAAUAGUGGCCUGAUCUGCAAAGUGAGUGCAGGGAAUGAAAACGCGUUCCAAACCACCUCCUAUCUGUCUGCUCUCGCCAGUCGGGAGAAUCAUCUCCUCCCACUGGUUCUGGGCCUCAGGCGCUGGGCCCAGAUCUGUCAGAUUGACCGCGCAGAGGAAGGUGGGCUGCCGCCGUAUGUCUUCGCCCUCAUGGUUAUCUACUUUUUACAGCAGCGCAAAGAGUCUCUCUUGCCUACCUACCUGAACCAUGAGAUCAAGGUGUUUUCACUCAGCCGGCUGUCAGACUUCAAUCUCAUGCAAAUAGAGGAUGAUUAUUUACACUGGGCUUACACGCCACCCCCCAGAGAUUCAUCACAGCCAGCAGAGGGCUCCGGUAUCAAGGGAAAGGUGCCGCUGGUGUUUCCGAGCCCUCGUCCGCCUGUGGAAGUUGGGCUCCUCUGGGUUGAAAUGCUUCGCUUCUACUCGCUGGAGUUCAACAUGGCUGACAAUGUGAUGAGCGUGCGGACCAGCGCCGUCCUCUCCCGGGAGAUCAAAGAUUGGCCAAAGAAACGCAUCGCUGUGGAGGACCCGUUUGCCGUGAAGAGAAAUGUGGCCCGCACAGUGAACAGCCAGCAGAUGUUCGAGUACAUCGUCCACUGCCUCAAAACCACAUACAAGUACUUUGCACUACCACUCAACGCGCCAGCUGCCAAUUGUAAGACGGACGCGCGGCGAGGACCAAUCCAAGGGGCAAACACUAACGACCUGUCAGAUUUCAGUCAGCUCACCAUUGAAUCGCAGCGUGCAGGUCAACCCAAAGCUGUAGAAAAUGGUCCUGAGGACUCUGAUUGCAUUAUCGAGGAGGAGGAGGAAGUCGAAGAAUACAGUGACUCCGACGAAGAGCGAGAGAAGGAGAAGGCGGAUCUGGGCAAGAGCAGUCUCUCAGAGGACGAGGAAGAGCCGGAUGAGGACGUGGAUACACAAGUCAGGCGCCAUUUGGACAGCUUCACCACAGAGGACGAGGACAUCUUCCCAGUGGAUGAGAUUUCAGGGGAGGAUCUUUUGUCUGAUGAGGAGGGUCCAGAUUUGGACACACCUGGUUCAAUGGAGGAGGAGGAGGAGGAGGAAGAAGAGGAGCUGGCACCUUGCAGCCUGUCACUUCCACCUUUGGAGGAUGCAAUUAAAGACCAGAGCCUGGAAAAUAAGAUCCCAAAACCGAAACGACUGUCUUAUGCGUUCACCAAGCAAGCGUUCACCAGAGGAAAGUCACACUUGGUCGUGUGCAGCUUGUGCAAGCGCGAUGGUCAUCUGAAAAAAGACUGCCCAGAAGAUUUCAAGAAAGUGCAGCUGGAGCCUCUGCCCUCUUUGACACCAGAGUUUCUCAGUGUCCUCAACAAAGUGUGUGAGCAGUGCUACACUGACUUCGCCCCAGAUGAACUGGAAGUGGGAGUACGGGAGCACAUUCUUCAAGACUUGGAGAACUUUGUUAGACGACAGUUUGCUGGAGCCCGGCUACAACUAUUUGGCUCGUCCAAAAAUGGCUUUGGCUUCAGACAGAGUGACCUUGAUAUCUGUAUGGUGUUUGAGGGGCAGGAGUCCCUUGAUGAUGUCGACUGCAUCAGUAUCAUCGAAAGCUUGGCAAGAAUGCUGAGGAAACACCCUGUUCUGAAGAACAUCCUUCCCAUCACUACGGCAAAAGUACCCAUUGUGAAGUUCUACCAUGUUCGCACCGGCCUGGAGGGAGACAUCAGCCUCUACAACACACUGGCCCUGCACAACACACACCUACUGGCAUCGUACGCUGCUAUCGAUAGGAGAGUGAAGAUCCUCUGUUACGUUAUGAAGGUUUUUGCUAAGAUGUGCGACAUUGGCGAUGCCUCACGAGGAAGCCUCUCAUCCUACGCCUACACACUCAUGGUGCUGUACUUCCUCCAGCAGAGAAACCCACCAGUCAUCCCUGUGCUGCAAGAGAUCUAUGAUGGAAAGAGGCCAGAAGUGAUGGUCGAUGGCUGGAACGUGUACUUCUUUGAUGACUUGGAAACAUUACCCAGUCGCUGGUCUCAGUAUGGGAGCAACACUGAGACGGUGGGGGAGCUGUGGCUCGGCCUGCUCCGCUUCUACACGGAGGACUUCGACUUCAGGGAGCACGUCAUCUCUAUCCGUCAGCACGGCCGCCUCACCACCUUCAACAAGCAGUGGACGUCCAAAUACAUCGUCAUUGAAGAUCCAUUUGAUCUGAAUCACAAUCUUGGUGCUGGUCUGUCCAGGAAAAUGACAAACUUCAUCAUGAAGGCUUUCAUCAAUGGCAGAACGGUGUUUGGCACACCCAUCAAAACCUUUCCUCCCAUGUACCCCAGUCAGAUGGAGUACUUCUUUGAUCCUGAAGUUCUCACCGAGGGGGAAGUGGCUCCCAACGACCGCUGCUGCCGCAUCUGUGGCAAGAUCGGCCACUUCAUGAAAGACUGUCCCAUGCGUAAAAAGUCCAAGCACAGACGGGACUCUGAGAGAAGGCCAGAGCACCUGAGAGACAAAAUGGACCCUGCGGACGACACCAGGGAUCAGUUCAGACACAAGAGUGAGCACUGGAGGAAAAGAGAUGCACUGGAAAUGCGCUGCUGCUAUCUGUGUGGAUCAAGUGCCCACAUUAAGAAAGACUGUCCACAGUACAGAAGCCCUGCAGGUAAUCUGAAGAUGGAGAGCUGUACCUACUCGGCUCCAUCCCACUUGAGGAAUUUGAGAGAGAAGGAGAAACAGGGUUUACCUAUACCAGAGGAGAAGAAGAGAAGGCAACAGAAUGUGAUUUUAAGUCCACAAGCAGGUAGCUUAGCCUGCCGAAAUGUGGGUCGCUCUGGUCACAGGAAGAGCCCGGUGGAAUGAGCUGCAGCCGUGGCCACACAAAACCUUGAGGUUGUACUCUUGUCCAGGCAGACAGAAAAAUCCAGAAACCGUUAAAAUCUGUACGGGACUCUUGGGCCAAUGGGAGCCCAUCAAAAGCCAAAGCCAGGACGCCUUGACUUGAAGCCAAAUAGGGCCUUUUUAUGUUUUGAUUUUUUUUUCUUUUUUUCCCCUGCAGUGCUUCUCCUCAGAGGAGCUUUUUAAAGCUUUUCAUUUUAACAAAGCAAGCCAUUACACAUGCACAUCAUGUCUUUGUUUACCUACACUGCCACUCAAGUUUUUGUAUCCUCUAUACUUUUCAAUGUGAAAUUGCUUAAAUCAGAAAAUGUAAGUAACUGAGAAGUGACUCGGCUUUUGAUCAUCAUCAUCAUAAGGUAUCUUUUGUAGACAACAUAUGUACAUUUUUGUCUUGUGAUUGAUGCUAACGCUUCUUGACACUUUAUAAGCUCAACUGUCUUCACAGGUAACAACAAGUGUUUGGUGCUUUGGGUGUAACACAAAGGGACAAUAGUGAGUUUGCCAGCUGGUUUAAGUAGCCUUAGGUCAGUGAAGAGUCAUUAAGGUAAUUUUAAAAAUUAAACCAAGUCACUCAUCAGUUCACUUAUUCCUUAUUUUCAAAUUGCAAGUUUUUAAUCAGGAAUUAUCCAGUUCCAGUUCCAUCUUGUGAUCUCACGAAAACAUUUAUAAAAUGAGUUAAAAAACCAUUGAAUGGCAGUGUAACUUUUGUGAUGGUCAGGUUUUUUUUUUUAAAUAAUGGAAUUUCUUUUAAGAAUCAUUUUUAAUUUGUCAUGUGCACUGACGUCCAGCAGUCUCUCUCCCUCAGCAUUGGAAGCAGCUCAUCUUGAAUUCUGUCUCAUUGUGUGUUUGUGUUUGCAACAGAUUUUUUUCUUCUUCUCAAGACCACUGAUACGCCCAAUUUCCUAGAUCCAUACUUUACAGUGAAACUGCUCUUCCUCUGUUAAAUCUGAUCCGUAUGUGUCUCCACACGUUUGGAAGUUUUGUAAUUAUAGUGCAAGAACAUAGCUUAGAAAGUUUUGUGCUUAACAUUCUUUGGUUGGGGGUUUGUUUUUUUCAAGAAGAACUGGUCCAGCUGAUGGCAUACACUGCUUUAAAUGCUAUGUUCACUUACUAUAGGUAAUUUCCCAUUAUUUCAGUGAAAAUAUAAAUGUAUUUAUUUGCCACAAAGGCUUCAUUUCGUAGUAAUGGUGCCACAGAUUGGUAGCUGCACUGUGAGGGUCACGCCCUCGUGUUAUGUUGCUGCUAGAUAAAUUCAAAGAGCUGCUCAUCAUCAGCUUCAACUAGGGAGUGUUUGGCUUUAUUGUGGCCCUAAUAUGGCUAAAUUUUAUUGAAGGAAAAAAAAACGUGUUGUUGAUGGUAUUGUAAGGAAAUUCCUCAUUUUAAAGUAUCUUUGUAAUGACACCCCUUUAUUGCAUUUAUUUUCCUGUACCCGAAUGGGAGAUUUGGUUUAAGGAACCCCAGUCCUGCCAGGAUACAUUGGCUUGCAAAUCCAUGUUGUGCCCCAGAACAAACAUUAAACUGAAAUCAAACCGCA